CCUACUCUUAUCGCCGUUCCCAGUUUGGGACGGCGGCCGCCUAAGAGGGAUCGUCCUAGGGACGACAACAACUAGGCCGAAAAAAAUGGGCCUCCUCGUGACGUCACUUCCGGGGUUGCCCUUCACUUCCGCCUUCCCCAUCCUCCCCUCCCCUCAACUGGGCCUGCCAAUUCCCCGCGCCCACGGCAGGACCAGGAGGCUCUCUUAAUGCAUCGAUAUGGGUGUCCGUGGAUUGAUGAGUUUUGUGGAAGAGAAUAAUCAGUUCUUUAUCGAUUUGAAGUUGAGGGACACAAAAAUCAUCAUCGACGGCUUUGCUCUCUUUCAUCGGCUUUGCUUCAAUUCAAAUUUGGACCUGCGGCACGGAGGGGACUAUGACGCUUUUACGGAUGUCGUCGAGGCGUUUUUCGAAUCGCUGUCUGUCUGCAACAUACGUCCUUAUGUUUUGUUAGAUGGCGGGUGUGACUUUUCAGAUAAGAAGUUUGUGACUUUGAAAGAGCGAGCCAAGGACAAGAUCCAGGUGGCCCACUCACUCUCCAUGGGGGGAGGUGGGAGCCUGUGUCCCCUGCUCAUCAGAGAAGUCUUCAUUCAGGUCUUGAUAAAGCUUCAGGUGAGCUUCGUCCAGUGCUUUUCAGAGGCAGACAGAGACAUCAUGACCCUGGCUAAUCACUGGGAUUGCCCCGUAUUAACCAUGGAUAGCGAUUUUUGCAUCUUCGACCUGAAAUCGGGUUUUUGCCCCCUGAGUUGUUUUCAGUGGAGAAACCCGAGCCGUCUUCAAGGUUCACUGGGCUUCUAUAUCCCAGCCAGAUGCUUCUCCCUAGAGAAGUUCUGCGGUCACUUCGGUCACAUGAACAAGGCCCUGCUUCCCCUCUUUGCUGUGCUGAACGGGAACGACCACAUCAACCUGCCCGCGCUUGAGACGUUCUUCAGCAGAGUCGACCUCCAUGCCAGAACCUCGCGCUUCAAGGGGAGGAGACAUCACCGCAUUCUGGGACUUCUGAAUUGGCUGUCUCAUUUCGCUGACCCCACCGAAGCCCUGGAUAAGGUUCUGAAGCACCUGAAAAACCACGAGCGAGAUGAAGCCAAAGCUCUGCUCUGUUCGUCUAUGGAGGAAUACCAGCCGUCUCAGGUGAAGCUUCAGGACUUCUUUGACCGGGGCACUUACGUUUCUCCAGAUGCCUUGAGACAGGGUUUACCCGAAUGGGUCCGAACGGCCUUGGCCAGAGCUCAACUGUCUCCGUUCAUCAGUGACGCCAUGGUGUUGAGAAGAACUAUCCUCCACACGCAGGUGGAAAACGUGCAACAACCCAGCGCUCACAUCAUCUCCUUGCCCAUCCGCCAGAUCAUUUACGGGCUUCUUCUGAACUCUUCAAAUCCAAGAACCGUGGCCCGUCAACCACUGGCUGUCAGCGAGCUGGCCAGGCUUAAUAAAAAUAUCAAAAAGACAGUAAUCCAUGCAACAAAGCUACCCAGGGAUUCUUUUGAUUUGGAUGAAUUGCCGGAGGUCUCCUUUUCUAGUCGUUUGAUGCUUCUGUUAGAGACUUUGAAUGUGAAACAUAGAAUCCUCGAGCCUGUUCCUAGUUCUUUGCAGUUGCCUAUUGCCGUCACCUGCUAUUGGUUGCAAAAUUCAGAACCCAGAGCAAACUUGCAUCAUUUACAAGCUUUACUACUCGGGAUGCUUUGUGGACAGCUGCAUGAGAUAAUCAGUAACCCAGAUCUGGAUGACUUGCAUUUGAAGAAUGCUAAAAUGGUAUAUGACCAGUUUCUCAAUAUAAAGCAACAGAAACUCUGGGAUAGAAGAUUGGAUUUAGAAACAGCCCACAUAUUCUGUCAAUGGCAGUGUUGCCUCCAAAUGGGAUUAUAUCUGAACCAGUUGCUGUCUGCGCCUCUCCCUGAGCCAGACCUAACUCGGCUUUAUAGUGGGACCCUUGCUCACGGACUGUACCAAGAGCUCCGGUCAUCAGCUUCAGCAGAAAAUCUAUUGAGUGCAUGUCCAGAGACAAAUCAUCUUUAUAACCAGCUGUUGCUGGUAGUGAAGUCAUCUGUUCCUGCGGAACACUUCCUACCGACUAGGAAAUCAAAACCCAGCAAAAUGAAACGGAAAAAGCGAGCCACUAGUGGGGAGAAGAGAAUGGGUGCUACCUUAGAAACCAGAGCUAGCAACAGGUUUGCACUGCUAACGUUAAAUGACUUAGAGGAACCUUUUCUUUAGGGUGUCAUCAGGGUUCGGAUAAGCCGUGACCGUAUCAGAGUGGUACACGUCCAUCUUGCUAAUACGAUUGAUCUGUAGCUUUCCUUAAAUUGGAUCACUCAGGGGCCAAUGUGGCUACUUAUCCCUGUUCCAGAGAAUGUUAUAUUGCACAUUAUAGAGUACUUAAAAGUUCAGAGUGGACCUGAAAUUACCAAACUUUUAGCCUCAAUUAUCUACCUCAGGCACUUCUUUAACUGGCUAAAAAGCCUUUAUGUCAUAAACCCCUAGAAUCACACAUGCUUAAGCCAAAUAAGCUUAAAAAAGAUGACAUUGCCCAAACACCCUUCCACACGGCAAGCAAAACCCCCCAAAUUGUUCUGUAUGUA